AUGGAGAGAAGGCAAGCGAAGAUCCAUGUCUUUGUGUUGAUCGGUCUGAUACUAUUGAGUUCGAUCGAGCGAAUCUCGUCGCUCUCGGUGACCGUGAACGAAGACGAAUGUGUCCAAGAGUAUGUCCUUUACGAAGGCGAUACUGUCUCCGGUAACUUCGUCGUCGUCGACCACGAUAUCUUCUGGGGAUCAGAUCAUCCCGGUUUGGAUUUCACGGUGACGUCUCCUGCUGGGAAUAUUGUACAAACAUUGAAGGGAACAUCUGGAGAUAAGUUUGAGUUUAAGGCACCAAGAAGUGGAAUGUACAAAUUUUGUUUCCACAAUCCUUAUUCUACUCCUGAAACUGUCUCCUUUUACAUUCAUGUUGGUCAUAUCCCCAAUGAGCAUGACUUAGCUAAAGACGAACAUUUGGACCCGGUUAAUGUUAAGAUAGCUGAGCUGAGAGAGGCUUUGGAAUCUGUUGUUGCUGAGCAGAAGUAUUUGAAAGCACGUGAUACCCGUCACCGUCAUACUAACGAGAGCACGAGAAAGCGAGUGAUAUUCUACACAGUAGGAGAGUACAUUUUCCUUGCAGCGGCAAGUGGGCUUCAGGUUCUCUACAUCCGUAAGCUCUUCAGCAAGUCGGUUGCAUACAACAGAGUUUGA